AUGACGGAUUUUAUGAGCUUGCUCUCUGAAAACGUGACAUACUUCGAGUUUGAUGACGCCAAUGGAACGAAUAACAUCACCGAUGGUGAUGAGGGUGGUGGUGGUGGAUUUGGAGCUAAACCCAUGAUCUGGAUCAUUCUUGAAGCCCUUAUCGGUUGCCUUGGUGUGGUAGGGAAUGGUAUGGUUCUGUUCGUCUUCUUCAAAGACAAGUCGCUUCGGAACCUCGUCAACUCCUUCAUCAUCAACCAAUCCCUGAUCGACUUCACCACCUCGUUUGCGUUCUUGCUGAUUUGCUUCCUCCCAAAGAAGACGUUAGACCCAAAAAGCUUGGCACACAUCAUAUUCUGCCGAAUCUGGGUUUCUGAGUACGUUCUCUGGGCCCUCUUCAUUUCGUCCAGUCUUAACCUCGUCUGUAUCACACUCGAUCGUUACUGUGCCAUCAUCUACCCGACAAAAUACCGCAGCUCUGCCAGGAAGCUACAACGGAGGGUCAAGUUGAUUUCUGUGAUGACGUGGGCUUCUGGUUUCGUCCUUGACUGUUACUGGCCCGCUAUCCAUGUCAUCUUUCCUACUGGUGGAUGCUACCCGAGUUGGCCUAACAAGAUCUUGCAGGGGGUCAUCGGCGUGUUUAUCUUUUUCAUAACCUAUGCUGGACCUCUGAGUGUAAUGGGGUUCAGCUAUGUCCGUAUCUUGUCAAAACUUCGCAAGCCAGCCACUCGAGCCGCUCCAGCACCAUCUCCCAAAUCGUCCCCAGCUUCAACAUCAGCCUCGAAAGCGAUGCGUCGUUCUAAACGAGUCAUGUCGGAGAGAAGCGAGAGGGCCACACGCAAUGUCAUCAAGACCAUGAUUACUGUCUCACUUACUUACGCUAUCUGCUGGGCACCUAUCGCCUUCAACUUCCUUGUCUACAAUCUCGGUGGGCCCUUGGACUUUUCGGGUACCUGGUAUGCCGUCACUAAAAUUUUCGUUUAUGCUAACUUGUGCGCAAACCCUUUUAUCUACACCAUGCAGUAUCAGCAGUUCCAGAAGGGAUUCGAAAGAUCGUUCAAAGUGAAGAUAUUCAAAGGGUUAACAGAUACCAGUGAUCCUACAAAGGCACAGCCAUCUGGUGUAUCCUCGGAAGGUGCAUCAAGGGAUGUCCCCUUAUAG